CACUCCCAGACCGUUGGGCGCUAAUGUAGCUUCUCUCACUGGGUUUUUCCAUCCUCUCAGCCCUCAUAUCGUCAAUCAUCACCUGCUUUUACGAGGCGCUAUACAAUGAAGCGAGUGGUCACUAUUAUUUGUUUCUCGAUCGGAGUCUCCCAUGCCCAGUUGAUGAGGAAUUAUAAUGAGCAUCACCGUCAUCAGUUGCUAACCGACGCUUCAGCGGCGCCACCGAUCAUUGGCCAGGCCAAUUAUUUCAUCCCGAUUGCCAACAACUACCACGACUUGGGAGGUAAAGUAAUUAACUCUUGGAGUUACUUCCAGCCAGUCCUUGUUGCCUACACCGAUCACCGAGACCUGCACGUCGAAGACGUGUUGCCCGCUGUCGCUCCUGUUGCUAACUUGUUGGUAGAACCCUUCCGUGUCCAGGGUGACGUGUUGGCCAAGGCCGCUGUCGUUACUGCCAAGGCCGCCAAAGUUGCCGAUCCUGUCCGCAUGAAGCGCAAAAACAUUUUGCGAUACAGGAAUGGCGAAUUCAGACCUAGGCUCUGCUCACCCCGGCUAUGCCUGUCCGUGAGACCACCUGCUUGAAGAAUACAAUCCAUCAUUACAUAAUUGCACUCGAACUCAACCCAAAAAUGUCGUAAAUUUGUUUGAAAAGUUUUCCGCCAUUCGAAGGUGUAGUGAAGCAUAUCUCGUAACAAUAAACGUUGUUUUGCUCUACUACUCAUUGACAACAAUUCAGUUUCCAAUUCUAUUCCUACAGAAUCGCCUCGACACAAAGUUGUUUUCAGCUUGAAAAUUGAUUGGAAUUAGUUCAUAAGCGGAGCAACAACAAUUGAAAAACAUAGUUUUUAGUAUUCAAAAGUUUUUGGAAAUCGGCGAGAGUUUAAUGAAAGCGACUUUAACUCAUGACACAUGGAUAUAGGCACGUGUUUUCGUUUAACUUGAUGAGAAUCAAUUAUCCUUGAACCAACCUCUAUAAGAUCCGAAUACCUGUUUUCAUUUUUAUUUGGUUAGAAUUUGCCUUCCAGCGUUCGUGCACCGCAAAUAAUGACGAGAGUAGCUCUGCAUGACGUCUCACGUCUGUCGAUUGGGAAAACCCAAGAAACCCGUUCAGAAAAUCUUCUUGUUUACAAGUUACAACUCACACAUGACCGAGGUGAAUCAACUCGGCUGACCGCCAAUUUUAAAUAAUAAAAUAGGUAUACACACGACGUGAAGAGCUACUACACUCGCGCGCCAUCCGA